CACCCUUCCGCUGAUAGGCUUCCAAUCGAUUAUUCUAUCGGCGAGGUUGGGUUCUACCAGAACGCCAACCCCGGCCACAGCACGAGUCGUGAUAUCGACGACCGAGUAGAACAGCUUCCAUCCAUUGAGGUUCAGGAGUCCGGAGCCUGA